CAAUGGGAUGGAACGGUCGGCAAAGCUGCGCUGGGCAAGACGGGUCGCGUCAUCAACAAGCUAGUUACGGAGAACGAGGCCCUGAAGCGCGACAUCAAAAUAGAAAGAAUGAAGUCGGAAGAAUCCAAGCAAGCGGCCAAACUAAUGGAGGACAAGAUGGAACGCAUGGUAUCAGAUUACGAGUCUCGCCUACUGGAAGCCAAUGUGACCAAGACCCUCCUCAGUCGAAAAGAGCGACAAGUCGAACAUUUGCAAGCAACGGUUGAGCUGGAAAAGAAACGAACGGCUGAAGCAUUGGAGAGAGAGCGUACUUGGCGCGAGGAGAUGGAGAAGAGUCGGAGAGAUGCCGGCGAACAAGUGGAAGAAGCCAAAACACAUGCUGCGCUUAUGGAAGGACGAUAUAAUGCCAUUGCGUCGCACUGGCAGGAUCAAGGGAACGAAGUGAAGCGGGCCACUGCUAGCGUACGCGCUAAGAUCGCGUCCUUGGUUGCGGAAAGACAGAGCGACGACGCUAAGAUCAACACUCUAAGGGAACUCUGCGACCAACAAGAGUCCAACAUCCGUGAUUUGAAGAGGCAGAAGGACGACAUUGGACAGCAGUUCGAAAACUACAAACGAGAGCAAGAGGAUGCGCUGCGAUAUAUUAAGACCAAGGCUGACGAAAGGGAAACGCUCCAAGAACGCACCCUUGCCGAAUCGCAGAAAGUGCUGGGCGAAUUGAAAUGGGCCCUGAACGUCAACAAGAACGUUCCAGGCGCAAGGUGA